CGAUCAUAGUAAUAAUACUGCUAAAUGAUGUAAACAAAACGGUGCCUGCAUGCGAGUGUAGUUACAUAAAAGAACGUUGAGAUAUAUUGAUAGUGUCCGCCUCCGCAAAAGAAGAAAUGUCUCUAAAUUCGGGCGCUCGAGGUUUUCGGCGAGCACCGUCGCUUUUUCGCAACAGUAUCGAACAGCUGAAAACUCGAUACGAUGGAGCACGGGCGCGGCUUGAGGCUAUAACCUUCCCGGAGCGGUACAAGGGAACGAUACUAGAGAAAUGGGCCAAUUACUGGAAGAACCUAGUGAUAGACUAUAAGGAAAUGGUCAUCGAUACGGGACGCACCAUGCGAGAUCGACCGGUACGAAGUAGCGUGUAUGUUUCGUUACUCACCGCUGGCACAUACGCCGGCGUACGAAAUCCAUCCGAGACAGAUUUCUACGACCAGUUUCGACGUGCGUACAAUGAACUAGCGUUGGUGCAUCCAUCCUGCCAGAAUCCGGUCGCUUCCCAGCACAUAACGUUCGUGGAACGUUGCCACAAUGAGCACAUUUUACGACGGCUUUCGCUGGGAUUCGUCUCCUUCAUGUGGCUCGAUAACUACGACAAAGGCUUGGCCAUCUACAAAGCGGUCUGUCCCUACUUGCAACCUCGAUACCUGACCUUUCACCAACGAAUAAUCGAUGUCGGGUUUAACGGAAAAUUUUGGAAUCUUGAGAGAAAGAUGAUUGACUACGACAUUAACCAAGAGAAUUUGUAGCAUCAGUAGAAUCAAGAGAAUACCAAAUAAAGUAAAUAGGCUACACCUC